AUGGCAGCUCACUUCACCAUAAAUGGGCAGCAAUUUGAGGUCACGCCGAGCGAUGUGAGCACAGAAACAACGUUGAACAGCUUCAUCCGAGAUCAUGCCCAUCUGACUGGCACAAAGUUUAUGUGCCUCGAGGGAGGCUGCGGGGCGUGUGUUGUGAAUCUUAGUGGAACCCAUCCCGUUACUGGGCAACCGUUUUCGUGUGCGGUCAACUCGUGUCUGUUCCCAACACUAGCGUGCCACGGAAUGCACGUCACGACGGUCGAGGGCAUUGGAAGCAAGCGAACCGGAUAUCAUGCAGCGCAAAAGUUGUUGGCCCAUUUCAACGGAUCCCAGUGCGGAUAUUGCUCCCCCGGUAUGGUAAUGAGCAUGCACAGUUUGCUCGAGGCCAAGAACGGCCAAGUCAGCAUGGAGGAAAUCGAGAAUUCGUUCGGCGGAAACAUAUGCCGAUGCACCGGUUACCGGCCCAUUCUGGAUGCUUUUAAAGCCUUAGCGGUGGAUGCUGACGAGAAGCUGCAGCGAAAAUGUCCAGACAUCGAGGAUCUCACCGGGAAGUGUCCCAAAACGGGCUCGGCUUGUGCGGGACGCUGUUCCACGGCAGGAGGAAAUCGAGACCGUUUUCAUAUGCGCUUCCAAGAGAACCGCGAGUGGUACAGGGUGAACAAUGUGAGCGAAAUUUUUGUUAUCUUUGAAACCAUCGGUGAUCGGCCGUAUACGCUCGUUGGUGGUAACACUGCCCACGGAGUUUACCGUCGAAGCGAUGUGCUGGAGGUGUUUAUCGAUAUCAAUGCUGUUCAGGAGCUGAGGUCACAUUCGGUAGACACCUCACUCACCGUUGGAGCAGGAACAUCUCUAACAGAGCUCAAGGAAUUGAUGGUGCGAACAGCGAAGCAACAGCCUCAUUUUUCGUACCUGGAGCACCUUGUUAAUCACAUCGAUCUGAUAGCAAACGUUCCUGUUAGAAAUACCGGUACCAUCGCAGGAAACCUAAGCAUCAAACACCAGCACAACGAGUUCCCGUCAGACUUGUAUUUAAUUCUGGAAGCAGCCAACGCCAAGUUGACUAUCAUGGAGUCAGAAGGUAAAACUUCCAUCGUCAAGCCAUCGGAAUACGUUACAUUGGAUAUGGGCAAGAAAGUGCUACUAAACGUUGUGCUUCCGCCACUAGAUCCGAAUGUCCAUUGUUAUCGAUCGUUCAAAGUUAUGCCACGAGCCCAGAAUGCUCACGCUUACGUCAACGGGGCUUUCUUGAUCGAAAUGGACGGUUCCCGUAGCAUCGUGUCAUGCAACGCUUGCUUCGGCGGCAUCAAUCCCCAGUUUACCCAUGCAUCGAGGACGGAAAACUUCCUCAAAGGGAAGAAUCUACUUACCAACGAGACCUUACAGAGCGCCCUGAAGAUCCUGGCGGAAGAGUUAAAGCCCGACUGGGUGCUACCUGAUGCGGACCCCGAGUAUCGAAAGAACCUAGCCUUAUCCUUGUUCUAUAAGUUCGUGCUCAGCAUCGCCCCUGAUUCGGUCAGAAGCGAGUUCAGAUCAGGUGGCACCGUUUCCAAAAGAGCCGUUUCUAGCGGAUCGCAAAAGUAUGACACCUUCAUCAAACAAUGUCCGAAGCUUGAAGGCCUGCUGCAAACAUCUGGUGAGGCCAAGUACACCAACGACUUACCACACUUACCGGGCGAGCUAUAUGCAGCAUUCGUUCACGGGACCAGAGUAGGCGGGAAAAUCAUUUCUAUCGAUCCUUCGGUUGCAUUGCAAACGCCAGGUGUGGUGGCGUUCUACACGGCGAAAGAUAUACCCGGAGCGAACGAUUUUAUGCCACUCAAGUCGGAGUUUAGUCCCAAUGUGGAGGAAAUACUCUGUAGCCAGCGUAUCCUGUUCCACGGUCAACCGGUAGGGAUCAUCGUAGCAACAAGCUUCGACAUAGCUCAAAGAGCUGCCAAAAGAGUAGCGAUCAACUACUCUGAUAGCAGCUCUGGCCCUGUCUAUCCCACUGUUAAGGAAGUUUCCGACGCUCAGGCCGAUGAUCGAAUCAAGCAAAUCGAUUAUGGGUUCACUGGUGCAGAUUAUAGUGAUCAUGUUGGAGAGAAAGGCGUCGAGCUAUUGGAAGUAAUGGGGACAUUCGAGUCUGGUGGUCAGUACCACUACACAAUGGAAACACAAACCUGUGUCUGCGUUCCGCUAGAGGAUGGAAUGGAGGUACAUUCUUCUACGCAAGCCGUUACCCUAACCCAAAUAGCCAUCGCCCAGAUGCUGGGUGUGCCGGAAAACAGUCUUCAAUUGUCAGUUCGACGUAUCGGUGGAGGCUACGGAGGUAAGGCGACUCGCGCGGUACAGAUUGCGUGCGCGUGUGCCUUGGCUUGCCAUCUGCUGGGCAGACCGGUUCGUUUCGUGAUGACAAUGGAAUCGAAUAUGUGCACCGUCGGUAAGCGGUAUGGAAUCGUCUCAUCGUAUCGGGUUGUAACGGACAAACACGGCGCAAUCGUAAAUCUGCGAAACGAGUUUCUACACGAUGCAGGAUGCAACUCUAACGAGGCACCAGAUUUCGUGCAACCGUACUACGGAAACUGCUACAACAAGGACUGCUGGAAGGUGGUGUCCAAAACGGCCAUUACAGACUCCGCCAGCAAUACUUGGUGCCGUGCCCCGGGGACGACGGAAGCGUACGGAAUGAUAGAGACGAUCAUGGAGCACAUCGCGUUCGCGACGGACGAAGAUCCUUUGGAAGUGCGGCUUCGGAAUAUGCCCGAUAACUCCGCGAUGCGUUCGUUGCUUCAAGACUUCCGCACGAGCACCGAGUACGAUCGUCGACGGGAAGAAAUACAACAAUUUAACACCGAGCACCGUUGGCGCAAGAGGGGCAUUGCUAUCGUUCCACUCAAGUAUCCAGUUGCGUACUUUGGAACGCUUCAUGCGCUGGUGUCCAUAUACCACACCGAUGGAACCGUCGCCAUCUCGCACGGUGGUAUCGAGAUGGGACAGGGCAUCAAUACGCGGGCAGUCCAGGUUGCAGCGAACAUACUGCGCCUGCCGCUGGAGAAAAUCUCCAUCAAACCGACUUCCAAUCUGACCGCCCCGAACGAUUUCUGCACCCAGGCCAGUAUCACUAGCGAAGCGGUGGCUCAUUCAGUACUGAUCGCCUGUGAAACGCUUCUGCAACGGAUGGAACCAGUUCGAUUGCGGAAUCCGAAUGUUCGGUGGGAAGAGCUUACGGCCGAGUGUCACCGGCAAGGUGUGGACCUUUGCGCCACAGCCAUGUACAACGGUCUGGAGCUUCCACCGUACAGCGUGUGGGCGGUGAGCUGUGCCGAAGUGGAACUAGAUGUGCUGACCGGAAAUGUUCUGCUGCGCCGUGUCGACAUACUGGAGGACGCCGGCAUAACGCUCAACCCGGACAUCGAAAUCGGUCAAAUCGAGGGCGCAUUCAUGAUGGGCGUAGGACUGUACUUGACUGAGGCCCUCGUUUACGAUCAACACACCGGGGCACUGCUCACUAACCGCUCCUGGCACUAUCGACCACCGGGAGCCCAAGAUAUACCGAUUGACUUCCGAAUACGGUUACUACAGAACACUAUUAAUCCCACUGGCGUCCAGCGGUCGAAAGCAACUGGUGAACCAGCGGUAAACAUGGCGAUUGUGGUGUUGUUUGCCCUGCGGAAUGCUAUAAACGCGGCACGGGCUGAUGCGGGUGCGGCGAAAAGGUGGAUACCAUUGGGAUCCCCUAGCACCCCGGAAAGGAUUCAACGACAUGUUGGUCACUCCUGGAACCAAUAUCUGCUCCACUAG